AUGGAUGCAGGAGGUGCCGGUGGUGAUGAAGGGCCCCCGGGGGCGCUGUGGGCGAGUACUGUACUGCCGCCUACUUGUAGUGUUGGACCGACGCCCCAACGCGCCCUGAUUGGCAGCUGGUCUCCAGCGAUUCCCGGCUCCGCUCUCAGCCUUGGCGGGCGCAUGGACAAGGCUUCGGCGACUCCAACCUGGAUGAAGCUCUCCGCCAUCCUCGACGAGCGCUCCGUUGCCAGUCCCCCGCGAUACACAGACCAUGACGCCAUCUGGGAGGAUAUAGACAAUCGCCCGGGACCCUACAAGAUGGUUGUCCAGCAACAUGUGCUCAACUGGCUGUACAGUGUCCUGACAAGUGAGUAUCACGAUGUCCAGCGAACGUACAACGACGUAGCGCAGGCGCUGUCGCAGUACCCGUCGCUGUCGCCGCGGACAGACGUCCACACCUUCGACAAUGGCGUCUCCGCCCUCCUCGUCCACCUCUCCGGCACCUUGCCCGUCGUGUUCCGAGGCACCACGUACCGCUUUCCCAUCUCCAUCUGGGUGCCUCACGCAUACCCUCGAGAGGCGCCGUUGGCCUAUGUCAACCCGACCGAGUCCAUGAUGAUACGCCCCGGCCAACACAUCGAUCCCCAGGGCCGCAUAUAUCACCCGUACCUGGUGGGCUGGGCCGAAUACUGGGAUAAAUCAUCCAUGCUGGAUUUCCUGGCCAUCUUGCGCGAUGUCUUCGCCAAAGAACCGCCCGUGAUAGCGCGCCAGCAGCAGCAGCCAAGACCGCCGCCACAGCAGCAGGCUACGCCCUCUGCGACACCUCCGCCCAUACCUCCUCUACCGCAUGAGCUCUCCCGGACGCCUGCGCAGACCCAUACACCUCAUUCAGCAGACGGCCUGCCGCCUCCCCCACCACCGAAGGGUAGUGACGCGCCCCAGGUCGUCCCGGGCCAAGCCAUCAACGCCAACAGCGGGCCUCCUCUGCCGCCGCUCCCACCCGGCAUCCACAGACCGCAGAGCCAAUACGGAUCUCAACAGCCCCAACAAGCCCACAGGUUGUCGAGAUACGAGACGGCGCCCCCUCUCCCGCCGCAGGUAACGGGCCAGCAGCAGGCACAUCCGCAGCCUGUGCAAGCCUACCAACAAGCUCCAUCGCCCGCUCCGCAACACCAACACCAGACCUCGUACGCGCAAGGGAACACGCAAGCUGGCUACCCACCGCAGGGGCCCCGUCAGGCAGCUGCUGUCUCACCAACUGGCCCUUACAAUGACCCCAGAGCUUCAUAUGCAGGGCCUCCACCCAAUUGGCAACAACAGCAGCCGCCUGCACAACAACCUACGGUGCAGCAGCAGCCUUUUCAGCAACCACCAGCACCACCGCAGUCCAAGCCACCGCCCCCUCCAGACAUUAUGGAUGAACCACUUACACUUUCUCUGCCAUCCCCAUCCAAUCUACCGCCACCUCCCAUCCCGCCAAACCCCGAGAAAGAUGCACUGCUGCGCCAAUUGGGCAUGACACUCCAUCAGCAUCGUCUGCGGGCCCGGCAACAGAAUGAGUCGUCGCUGGCCGGCUUGAUUGCCCAGCGGAACGCAAUGCUGACGGCGUUACAAAACAUCCAGUCAGAUACCAACUCGCUGGGCUCUCUAUCGACCGUGCUAAGCUCAAACACCUCCGACCUGCAAUCGUCGCUCAAGGAAGCCGAUGCUGUCAUUAUCAACAGCAGAAAACAGGCGCCACCCGGUAUCGACGAACUCCUGGUCGCCCCCACCGUAGUUGGCAAUCAGCUGUACGAUGUAGUGGCCGAGGAGCGAGCCCUGGGUGAUGCAAUCUUCAUCCUUGGGCGGGCUGUGGAAAGGGGCCGCAUCACGCCAGCCGCCUUCGCCAAGACUACUCGCAGCCUGGCUCGCGAAUGGUACCUUAAGAAGGCUCUGGCGAAGAAGAUCGGGCGUGGCAUGGGCCUGGUGUCCUGA